AUGGCUUCUAAGCGCUUAUUUACAAGCUCAUUCAUUCGAAAAUAUUCUACAAAUAAAGCUAUAUUUCUUACUGAAAAGCAGCUCCAGUCAAUUGGUUCAGAAAAAGAGGGUGAGCUCCUUGUUAAAGAGAUUACAAUUAAUUCUGUUCCUUAUGUCAGGGGAUCUAAAGAAGCCGCUUUUGGAUCUAAACGAAUGGGUUGUGUAGAACUACCAAAACCCAUGAUUCAGUCCAUUACAGAUAUAAUUGAAGGCCAUGAUAAGCGAUUGAUUAGAACAGAUGCGCUUCGAUUAUAUGACGCAUUAAGAUCGACAUCUAGAGUAUCAAGGGAAGCUUUAGAUGAGUUUGAUGGUUCUCGAGAUGCGAAAAAGCAACGUAAAUCAGCAGAGACAGUUAUUGAACCACAUAAAGUUUUAUAUGGUCCUCGCGAAUCAGUUGCUUAUUUAGCAGGUGUACUACCUUCAACUUAUGCAGCCAUUACAAAUGUCUUGAAUGAAAUCGCAGGUCGACUUUCCGAUUUUAAGCCUCAAUCCAUGUUAGAUUUUGGUACUGGGCCUGGUACAGCCAUUUGGGUUGCAAAAAACGUCUUUCAAAUAGAUAACUGUGUAGGUAUAGAUCUUUCAGAAGAUAUGCUUAGAAUAGCAGAACGUUUAGAAGAGUCAUUGAAAAUGGGGAAUGAAAAGCCUAUUGAAUUUAAACGUUAUCUUCCUUAUGAUCCAAAGGCAUCUAAGACUGAUCUUGUUAUCAGUGCAUUUACUUUGGGAGAUAUAGAAUCAACGGCUCUUCAGAAAUCAACUCUAGAGCAAUUAUGGGCUCAAACAGGAGAUGUAUUGGUAUUAAUUGAAAGAGGUACUCCUAUUGGGUUUACAAAUAUAGCCCGAGCUAGACAAUGGAUUCUAGAUGCAGAAGGUUCAAAUGCUCAUGUUGUUGCUCCAUGUUCUCAUGAUCAUCCAUGCCCUCUAUUGUUCUCCCCAGAAGCUAAACCGAAUAAAUUUUGGUGUCAUUUCUCACAAAGAGUUCAACGCCCUUCUUUUCUAAUGAAAACAAAGCAUUCAAAAUCAAAUACAGAAGAUGCAAAAUAUUCAUAUGUUGUAUUACGACGAGGAAAAAGACCAGUAGGAAAUAAUACAAUGGAAACUGAAGCAUAUCAUUGGCCAAGGUUAAUACAGCCUCCUUUAAAGAGGAAUGGACAUGUUGUAAUGGAUGUUUGCUCUAAAGAAGGUGAAAUACAGCGUAUGGUUAUAUCUAAAUCACAAGGAAAGAUACCUUAUCGUGAUGCUAGAAAGAUCAUGUGGGGAGAUUUGCUACCUCAUCAAUCAAAGAAUAAAGUCGUUACUCGAUUUUCUAAAGGUGAAAUAGAUCAACAAGACGAGUAUAACUAA